UAAGCAUCUCUGCUGUCUGCCUCUCUCUCUAAUCUAAAACCCAGUAAAGCAAAUCAUCAUCAUUCAUCACUCACGGCGCAGAGAGAGAGAGAGAGAGAGAGAGAGAUGAAGCUUUAGGCUUUAUUUAUUUAUUUAGUUUUGUAAUAUCAUAGAGAUAGAGGGAGAGAGAUAAACAGCUCUAUAGUUAUACAGAAAGAAAUAGAUAAAAAAAGAGAAAGGUCUACCCUAGAACUAUGCAUUCCGAUAAGGACUUGUGUCAAAGAGAUUUUUUUUUUCUCUCUAAGUAGCAGGUAAUUACUUCACACCCUCAUGCGCCCACUUCCUCUCUCUCUCUCUCUCUCUCUCUCUCUCUCUGUGCCCUUCUCAGUUUUUGCCUUAAUUCCUAACAGAGAUGUACGACCUUUAUUCGUCUCUUCACGUCUCCUUUCAAUCCUCCCCAAUUCUGUGCCUUCUUGAUUAGUUGGAUUUACAGAGUGUGUGAGAACGAGUUUUGAAAAUUUAACACCCUUCAUUAGUGUGAGUUAUUACUUUUAGCUUUCUAGCUUUCAAGCAUGGUACUUUGAGAGAGAAAGAGGGUGUCGUCAUUCAACUCCAAACUCGUUUGGUGUGCUUUGCUUUGAGAACUGGGUUUGAGUUUUUAGCUGGCAUUGACUCAAACUUAUGGUUUUAAUUUGUGUUGGUCUUCAAGGGUUGGCGUUGGCUUGGAAGAUGCUUGGUGUUUAAGGUUUAUGAGUGAUGAGUUGGUGAGAUUUUGCAAUAUCAAGCCUUACUUGUUCUUUGUUGUGGUUUUGGUUUGAUCUCGGGAUCCUCGCGUGCGACUUUGAAUGUGCUUUUAUGGUCUCCUUGUGCUCCAUUCGUGAAAUAAUGCGUCUUUUGGAGCCUUGCUUAGCUUCUUCAAGCACAUUUUUCUUGUUUAGAGUGUGAUCCAUUUUAAAAUGCUUAUAAUUGUUUUAUAUGCCUUUUCAUAGUCGUUGGAGAUUUUGAGACAUAUCCUGUACAAGAAAGGAUUGUUCAUUACUGGUCACAUAGUUGCAUUGUAUUAAAUUCUUGCAUUUUGGCAGAGUUUUCCCUUGGACUGAGGUGUCGAGAAGAUAGGAGAAUCUAAAUAUUGCAGUUAAUUGAAAAUUGGGUUCAAAUUUGCUUAAAACAGACUGUUGAGUAUAGUAAAUGCAUGGAUCGAAGGGAUGCUAUGGCGAUAUCGGGUUCUGCUUCGUUCUAUAUGCAGAGAGGGAUGGGUGGGUCUGGAGCACAGUCUGGUUUAAAUUUAUCAUCGGGCAUCAAUCCUUUAACUAGUUCAACCGUAUCAUUUCAAUCUCAUGUUGGAGCCAAUAUGAUGGGAUCUACAUUACCUAUAGAAACUUCAACAGCAAUUCCACCUCAUGGUGUUAGUGUGGGUGCACCAUCUGCGAUGCCACCAUCUGGUGAGCCUGUGAAAAGGAAAAGGGGAAGACCCCGAAAAUAUGGGCCAGAUGGUACUGUUUCACUGGCUUUAUCUCCUCCAUUGUCUACACAUCCUGGUACAAUAACCCCAACACAGAAGCGGGGUAGAGGGCGGCCACCUGGGACUGGGAGGAAGCAACAAUUAGCUUCCCUUGGUGAGUGGCUGUCUGGUUCGGCUGGGAUGGGCUUUACUCCUCAUAUCAUCACCAUUGCAGUCGGAGAAGACAUCGCUACAAAAAUAAUGUCUUUCUCACAGCAAGGACCAAGAGCUAUAUGCGUUUUGUCAGCAAAUGGUGCUGUCUCUACUGUGACUCUUCGCCAGCCAUCAAGUUCUGGAGGCACUGUAACAUAUGAGGGCCGCUUUGAGAUUUUAUGUUUGUCAGGCUCUUACUUGGUCACUAACAAUGGCGGUUCCCGUAAUCGAACUGGUGGGCUGAGUGUCUCUCUUGCUAGUCCUGAUGGUCGGGUAAUUGGUGGAGGAGUUGGGGGAAUGCUUAUUGCAGCAAGCCCUGCUCAGGUGAUAGUGGGAAGUUUCUUAUGGGGUGGUUCGAAGACAAAGAACAAGAAAGGGGAAGGUCCAGAAGGUGGCAGAGACUUGGACCAUCAGACAGUUGAGAAUCCAGUAACUCCAACCAGUGUUCCACCUAGUCAGAAUCUUCCUCCAACCUCUGCAGUUGGUUUAUGGCCUGGUUCACAGCCUGUGGAUUUGCGCAACACGCAUGUUGACAUUGAUUUGAUGCGUGGAUGAUAAAUUCUGUCGAUUGUUUCAUGGGUAAUGUACAUAUUCUGCUGUUUUCAGCACCACUUGAAUCUCAUCUCCUGAAGUUCAGUGAUGAGGUUUGAAGUCAGCUGAUUCUCAGCGUGAAUGUCUCACUUCAUUUAACAUCGACAGACUAUGGAUUGUACUCAUUUUGCAGCUUGAUGACAAUUAGUUCAGAAUUUUAGUGGUCGUGUAUUUAACUCAUCAAUUUUUCAGAGGAGGAUGUUCAAUGACAAUUUAAAAGUCGUUAGUGGGCAGCAAUGGUUGCUUCCAA